AGUGGAUACAACAGCAGGUGGUUAAAAGAAGGAUAAAGAGGGAUUACAAACCUGGUGGUACCCAAUCCACUUAUUUCAAUGAUCCCAAGUGGCCAAGCAUGUGGUACAUGCACUGCAGUGAUAACACCCACCAUUGCCAAUCAGAUAUGAAUAUAGUAGGUGCUUGGAAGAGAGGUUACACUGGAAAGAACGUUGUGGUCACCAUCCUGGAUGACGGCAUCGAAAGAAACCAUCCAGACUUGAUGCAGAAUUAUGAUUCGCAGGCCAGUUUUGAUGUCAAUGGAAAUGAUUUUGACCCUAUGCCUCGAUAUGAUGCCAGCAACGAAAACAAGUAAGACAAGAUGACCUUCAUGGCAUUUUCAAUAUCUAGGUCGUUGAGUAGAAAGUACCGGUUCUUCUAUGAAAGUAGGAAACUUGAAUCCUCAUAAAGCAGCAUGAUU